AUGUCUCUUUCUACUCAUUUUUUACUUCUAGCAGUUAUUGGAGCAGCAAUUGCUGCCCCACUCAAAGUGGAAUACGUAUUGGCUCCGGUGCCAUUGAAACAAAGCUCCACGGACCCCACCAAACUCGUCGCCGUCGUUCCCCUCCAAACCCCCACCGUCGUCAUUAAAUUUGACAAACCGAUUUUGGCUGAAAUCGAGAAGACAUCGGAAUUCGAGUCGAACUUCGAGCAAGUCCCAAUUGGAAAUGGAGGCGAAUCGGUGAUUGUGAAGUUGAAGGUGAAGAGUUCUCUGGAAAAGCCAGCGAUUGUCAAUAUCAAGGAUACGAAGAAUGGAGAUUCGGUGAAGGUUAUGGUGAUGGCUGAGGAUGGAAGACUUGGAGGAAGUGAGGUUAGAAGAGAUAAGCUCGAUUGA